AUGAUAUUUCUACUAAACCUCAUUGCUCUUGUAAAUUCAAGAGUCUGGGAAGGUCGUAUUGGAUUUCUUUAUGACAAGAUUGACAAUAUUGAACGGGAUUAUUCAACCACAGAUUUACUUUCACUUGUGGAUCAAAUUUCUAACGAUUUCCAUUUAGAAAGAGACAGAGUUGAAGCGUAUUUAGGACGCAGCAGACAUGCAUCUUAUGCUAAACAGCUUUUCAACAGGAUUGACUUUAACUUGCGCUCAAAUUAUCGUAGAGCAGUCUACCUUGGUGGCACGGUUAUUAAAAUAACUAAGACCAAUGGAGUAUAUACUGUAAUUUGUCGCCAGGUAAGUAUCAACGCAAUCCUCUGUCCAGGAAACUGGUUAAAUUCAUUCAAUAUAAAUAGCGAAUAUGAGGUUUCAGUUCCUAAUAUCUUCUUGGGUAUUGCAUGGAAUGAUCCACUUUCAGCUGCUCAAAUCACUCAGAUCUACUAUGAUUUGAACCGUAAAAUUGAAGCCAAACUCAACGCCUACAAAGCCAUUUAA